AUGGCAAAGGUUUCCCCGAUUAAGCGCGCCCUCCUUUGGUCAGCCCUGCUCUGCUUUAACGGUUACCACUUUUUGAAAUUGCCCAGGAGUUCGUCUUAUUCCUUCCUGACCAGCAGCAAUAUCGUCGGGAAGAAGGUUAAAAAUGCAGCUGAACCAGAACAAAAGAACAGGCUGAAAUGCAAAGUGGAAGGAAUAGAGUACACAGUCCGCAAUGUGGACAAGUCGAUCGAGUUUUACAAAAAUGUGUUGGGUUUUCAAGUGCGGGAGAAGGGUGAGGGUUUCGUGAAAAUGGGCUUAGGCCCGGAAGAGGCUUAUAUAAAGCUAGUGCAAAAGGGGGAGCAGCAGGACCUGACUAUAGGAGAGCACUGCUUCCUGGGAUUAGGCGUAAACAUGGAAGAGUUCCAAAUAAGCAAAACGAAAAUAUACGGAGGGAAUGUGGAAGACGGGAUAGACAAAAGGCCGAUCACAGCGUGCAUACUUCCGGACGAGGACGCGCAAAUUAGGCGAUUCGCAACAAACUGCUUCGUGACGGACCCGGAUGGCUACGGAAUCGAGGUUGUGCUGCAGGGGAAAGGCAGCAAACUAGACAGGAUACGCUUCUUUACCACAUCGACGAAGGAUUCGCAAAAGUUUUACUCGGACAUUUUAGGAAUGGAGCUGAUAAAGAUACAGAGCCACUUGGAAGAAAUUUCCUACCCCUGGAGUGUAUACGGCGGGAUGAGUUACUUCUUCUCCUCGGGAAGGAACGAGACGGUGCUGCAGAUGGCGUAUGCCUACGAUGAGGAUAAGCUACACAUGGGGAAUUCGCUUGGGAAUUUAAUUUUGAGUUUUAACGACUUGGCCCCCGUGGAGAAGAGGCUACGGGAAAAUGGAAUAGAACUGUUGGAGUCGCACGGGGGCUGGGUGGUCAAGGAUCUGGACGGGUACAGUGUUCAUUUGAAGGGUGACAAGUGA